UAAUCCUGUUGUGUUUGGAUACUCCACAAGUUCGACGCAAAUUCAUGAAGAAAGUCUCCCUUAUGGGAAUGAUCACAGAUGAAUACGUUUAUGUCCUGAUAGGAAUGCGUGGCACUGGAUUUGGAUUAACUGGGUUGGUUACAAUCAACUCAAAUGGAACGCGGGUUCCAUUGUUUUCGGUAUACGUUCUCGAUACGAAUUUCAACCAAGUGACGGCUAUAAAUCUCACCGUGAUUGACGGGAAGGCAACUCAAAUCCACCUGCUCACUCAGCAAUGCCGUGCGAUUAAGGUACUGACAAAGGGAUAUACAAACGAAGCGACGACCCUUUGGGCGACGCGAGGUGGCCAACGACCACUUGCUCGACCGAAAUGCGGCUACACGGGAACAGAUUGUCCGAAGCCAUUCUGGGAGCAGAACGGUAUAUACGUUAUAGUUGGAGGUGCACUGAUUGGAGUUCUUCUCAUCGCUGGGGUGCUAUUCAUUAUCUACGUCUUAAGGGUCCGAGAGGAAGAGAAAGAACGACAGCGUUUGCUAUGGCAGAUCCCUUACAUGCAACUGAGAAAGCCGCCCACUUCGCAUAUGCAAAGCUACGCCGCCAAAAUCACCAACUAA